AUGGAUUUCAUAGUUGGUUUACCUCGCUCAUCGCAUGGUCAUGAUAUGAUAUGGAAGGUGGUGGAUAGACAGACGAAGUCAGCACAUUUUCUAGCUGCUCAUGUAAGAGAUUCAUUAGAGAAGUUGACACAACUCUACGUUAAGGAAAUUGUUAGACUUCUUGGCCUGCCAAUAUCCAUUAUUUCUAAUCGAGAUCCUAGAUUCACAUCUAGAUUUUGGCCUAAAUUACAAGAACCUUUUGGGGCAACUUUGAAGUUUAGUACAGCUUAUCACUCUUACCAAGCGAGCAUUAGUAAAACUUCAUAUGAAGCAUUGUAUGGAAGGAGGUAUCGAACACCAGUUUGUUCGAAUGAUAUUGGGGAAACUAAGCUGCAAAGUAUUGGGUUGAUUAAGAUGACCACUACCAAGGUGAAGUUGAUCAAAGGAAGGUUAAAAGCAGCUCAAGAUAGUGAAAAGAGCUAUGCUAAUAAUAGUCAAAGAGCUUUAGAGUUUGAUGUUCUUGAUCAACAAGAUAAGGUGCUUCACAAGAAUGUUAUACCUAUAGCUAAGGAGGAGAGCCCCCAAGCAAAGUCAAGGCCUUCAAGGGAGCUUGACUACUUUUGGGUCUUCAUUGCCAUUCUGGAAGCCUUAUGGCUUUUAGCCAUUGUAGCGCUUUGGAGGGAUGCCAGGCCAUUCUGGAAGCCUUAUGGCUUUCUAGUCAUUAUAGCCCUUUGGAGGGAUGUCAGGCCAUUAUGGAAACCUUAUAGCUUUUUGGCCGUUGUCGCCUUUUGGAGGAAUGUUAGGCCAUUCUAG